AUGAGCGGGUCUUCCGUCGCCGAACGCGCGCCACUGGUGACGAAACGCGCGGAGACGAUCGAUGUCGAACGUGCAGAUGCAUCCGAUGAGGUGCGGGGCGAGCGGAGGCGCGGGACGCGCGCGGCGGUGGUCGCCACGGCGACCGUGGCGAGCAUCGGCGCGUUGGCGUUCGCGGGCGUCGACCUGAGAGGCGGCGCCGUGGGGGCCGUGGGGUCAUCCAUGGGAUUCGUCGGGAUGAAUGGUCGGGAUCAUAAGGCGGAUGACCUUCGAAGGGCGAGAUUGGCGAGUUUGGGUGGGAACACGACGGAGGUGACGUUUCAUAGCGACGACAACUCGAAGCACAGACGUUGCGUGUUGAGGCAAAGCGCGAGUGCGAGUGAGGACGCCGAGAAGUAUUUCGUCGUGAAAGGACUGCACAGUGAUGCAGGAUUAGGGAUGCAAAAGAAGCUGAACGAUUGGACGCGAAACAGAAAGGUUUCGCCGGACGUAUUCGCGGUGACGCCGAGCACGUUUAAGCUCGUGCGCCUGUUUGGCGACGCUGAAUCUAACGUUGAGGAGCCAUAUCUGCUGCCCAAGAACGGGUGGAAAAAGGCAAUCGAGGCUAAGAAUAACACAGCGAUGCUAUACAACUUCGUGCACGUCCCCAAGGCGGGAGGGACAAAUUUUCAGCUCGUCAUGACCAACUUGGCGAACAAGCUCAACAGGCAAAAGGGCGACCCAGUGCGAAGAAACUUGAUGCCGCCCGGAUACUUCGUUCCCGGGUUAUCUCCGGCGCCGCUCCUCGACACCACGAUUCGCGGAGUCCUGACCACCGCGCACGCGUUCUUGGAGAAGGACAAGGGCGCGUUCGCGACGGAUCAUCUCAAGCAGGCGUACGAAAAGGGACAACGAAUGAUCUCGAAGGGGCCGUAUUCCAUGGGGAUUUGCUCCACCACGGAGGCACCGUGCGCGUACAUCACCGUCAUUCGCGAUCCGUACGAGCGUUUCAUGAGUCACUACAAAUACUCGUGCUUGGAGGGAUCGGAAGGCCAAGCCAUGUGGUUGCCGGAAUGGAAGCAAAAGAAGGAGUGCCCGCUCACGCCGCUGGAGUGGUUGGCGUACACGCUCAACGACGACUGGACGCAGUUGAUCGCCCCGGGAGUGUUUCCGCACGGUUCAAAGUGCCACCAAAAGGCUUUUGAGAACAACAUCAUGAGCGGAUGUGUGCGAUAUUUGCUCAUGGAAAAGAUCGAAGAUGGCUUGAAGAAGUUGAAGACCAAGCUGCCUGAUUUCGAAGGCCUCGACAUCGCCGCUGAGAGAAAUGGUUUCAAAAACGGCAGCGACGGCAAGAUGACCCCGAGACUGAAGCAACGGUUAAAUGCGUACCUCAAGGACACGGACAUGAUGCAAAAGGUCAAGGAUGCGAUCGCGUACCAGACGGAGAUGUACAAGUUUGCCGUCGAUAACUAUGAAAAGUCGUGGGACAGAGAGUUGCAGACAUGCUAA